CCGACUUUGUGUAUUUCUAUUAUGCUCGAUAUAAACGUGUUAUUAAUGCAACGGGGAACUAGAGAAACCAGUAUGGAUAAUAUCUCAGCGUGUAAAUAAUGUGUUCUGAUUAUUUGAAUCGUAUAAGCUAGUAGUACAGGGACGCACGUGGUGAAGUAAAUGAAUCUCUAAACGCUAGCUUAGUUAAAUUGAAAUGAUACACGGUUUGCUAUAUUUGCACAAUGUUGAUUAGAGAGUGCAUUAGUUAACAGUAAAGGUGUAAGAUAAUACCGUUGGAAAGGAUCACUAUUUCCACACACUUUCAUUCUUCUAAGAGUGCGGUUUAAACUGGAGUUAUUUCAUAAACACACAGCAGCUCCCUAAAUGCAGACACGUGUGUUUGAGUAACAGAGUGUAUUGUAUGAAGGGAAGCACCGAGCCCGCCUUCCAUUCAAGAUCUGUUGUAUUUAAUUCCAAUUAUUGCUGUUUUUAUUGUAACACACGUUUCGUUUUUGACGCGCAGGCUCUGCAAAUUCAAGUUAAUGAAUUUAACUCACACACUCACAAAUAGAAAAUGCUGCCAAAUGUUUGCUCGUUAAGCUUUAAUGCCGGAAUUUAAUACAAAUGCAUUAUAGAAAAUACAGAAAUUAUGGUUUGUCAAUGAAAUAUAGGUUCUGGGCGGAGAGAGUCGGAUGUAGUAGCUACUAGAGGCCGCUAGGGGGUGCAAAAGAAACGAUGUUGAAAUAAUAUUAGCAGAGCUAGUGUUAAAAUAAUAGUAACAUAGUUUGAUAGUGACGUUUAGGGGUAGAGGUUAGGGGUGAUGUUUAGUUGUAGAAGUAGGGGUUCAUUUUAGGGGUUAGGUGUAAGUUGCAUAUGCUGUGGCAUGGAGUGUAGUUGCAGCUGUAUUUUACUGUGUUUUGUUUUUUAAAUAACUUUAGAUUUGUUUUCUGUAUAUUUUGCUUUAAUAUAAUAAAGGUCAAGGAUGAGAAACUUAGAAUGGUGUGUUUUUCAGUGUGUGAGUUAAGUGUUUAGUUUUUUAUUUGCACCCUCUUGCUCCCUCUAGUGGCUACUACAUCCGACGCUCACCACUCUGAACUGAAAGCAAGAAUGGCUUCAAACUUGUGGUCAGAGGAUCAGUUUAGUUGUUCACUGUGUCUGGAGCUAUUGAAGGAUCCAGUCACUAUUCCAUGUGGACACAGUUACUGUGUGGGGUGUAUUAAGAACUGCUGGGAUCAGACUGAUCAUACAGGUGUCUACAGCUGCUCCCAGUGCAGAGAGACAUUUACCCCAAGGCCUGUUCUGGGCAGAAACAUCAUGCUGGCUGAAAUUCCUGGAGAAUUCAAGAAGAGAAGACUCAAUCCUCCUCCUGCUCAAAGUUAUGCUGGACCUGGAGAUGUGCCGUGUGAUUUCUGCACUGGGAGAAAGUUCAAAGCUGUGAAAUCCUGUUUGACGUGCCUGGCCUCUUACUGUGAAACACACGUCAGGCCACACAGUGAGGUUACUCCAUUAAAGAGGCACAAGCUGAUCAAUGCAAUUGGAGAUCUGGAGCAGAAGCUUUGUGCUGAACACCAGAAGGUUUUGGACAUCUUCUGCAGAACCGAUCAGACGUGUGUUUGUGUGUUGUGUACAGACAAGGAUCACAAGAACCAUGAUAGUCUCAGCUGAGGCAGAAAGGUAGUGUGAAACAGAAGCAGCUGGGAGAGACACAGACAGAAAUACAACAGAUAAUCCAGGAGAGACUGAAAGAAAUUGAG